AUGCCACACCUAGAUGUACUAAAGACACACAUGGAGUUUGGAUUUUUUAUAGUGCUACUCUCUUUUGAUGGUAGCAACAUGGCCAUUCCACUUUCACCGAUGCCAAAGUCUCAGUCGAAAGAUGUCCAAAUUCAUGACACUAGCUACAAAGAUUAUUGGGGUUCUUUCAAAUCAGGUGUGGAACUACCAAAUCGGCGAAAGUUGCUUAGUUCCAAUAACGAAUCCAAUAGUGAAAAUGAUAACAGCAUUGGGGCCAAGAUCCGUGAGUUUUAUGCAGAUGAUAACAACAUGGCACUCUUUUGUAUCCUUCCGUUGCUUAUUCUCAUCUACGGCGGUUGUUCGGUCAUUUAUUGCAUCCACAAAUGUAAAAAGAACUUCAAAAAGAAAAAACAAGAACGCAAGCAAAAAUCCAAAUCCCAAGCGGCUCUCUCAAGUGACAAUGUCUCACUCAUUUCAGGAACAGAGAAUAUGUUGGUAAGGCCAAAGGACAAAUCUCGGUUUUUGCCCUCGAAUAACAAUCGAGUGGGUCCGGCUCACCCAUACGAAUCUCCCAACAGUGGAAAUGUAGCGCAAAAGCUGAAGUUGAAUCCCAACAAUCAAGUGAAAGACUUACUUACUGAUUAUGAAUUCUUUGCAUCUUGGGUUAUGGCACAAAAAGCAGCUGACCUCCUCCAGUUGCAAGGUGAAAAUGCUGACUCAACCUCGUCGUUGUCCCGUGAUGAAAGCGUUUCAAGAAAUUACGGAACGACAGUUGCAGGCCGUAAGAAAAAACUGGUAUUCCUGUCUUGA